AUGGAAUGGUCCAGGUGCCACCGGAGCCUGUGCAGAAGCGCUUGCCGCAGGGCAGCUGGGCCUAAACGGUUUUUGCUGUUGACUCUACUUAGAGUUGCCGCGAAAUUCUCUGAAGCAACGCCAAAAGCCGCGAACAAGCGGCCCAGGCAAAACCGCUUCGAUGAGACUUUGCGCCUGUGGACCCAGACAUCGACAGAGGGGCGUGCUGUGCCUGGCUUCGGCAGUGCUGCUGAUAGUGCUGAGCAGGCAUCUCUUGCUGCCUUCGAUAGCGCAGCUGGCCAGCAAGGCUCCUGCGAUCCGCAGAGAAAGGCUCUCCAAGAUCAAAUUAGGAAGAAUGUUUUGCGUGUUUAUGCGCAGCAGCGUGUCAUUGCCGAGCGGCAGGCACAGGCUGACCUCAACAGGAAGCUCUUGAAUAAGAUGACUCAGCGUGGUGGCCCUCUGCGGAUCCAGGAAAAGAUGGAUAUUCUAGAAGACAGCGUAGACGACUACAAGGCUUCUGUCAGAAAGCUGCUCCCAUCAUGGGCGCAAGACAUGGUUGACACCGAGGAGGGCGCCACUGAGCGUCGCCUGGGCGAGUUGCAGUUCCUUGUGGAGGACAGCCGGGAAGGUUUGGCUCUCCAGAAGAAGUGGGAAGAUCGUCGCAUGAGGGACCUGAUGAGCAAGCGAGCUUAUGGAGUCUCUGUGUCGUUUGAUCCGGCCCUUCGAGUUCUUGUGCGGCCAGAAGGGCUGGGAAAUUUGCAGGUCUUCUCAGAAGGACCUCUGGGCCCUCCAAGCCACCCUGCAAGCGUGAACUUUGGCGUCUGGUACCGAGAAGCAGUGUGUCUUGACGACGGACUACUUGACUGA